AGUCUUAUUUUUACUGCACUUGAAAUAACUUGUGUUUUAAAAAAAACUUUAUUUAAUGAAGAAGUCCGCACUUAUUUUAUUGAUUUUCUGUGUGACUUAUGCAGCUUCAGAUACUAGUUAUGACAUGGAUGAAGAACGGAUUUUAUGUGGAAAUAAACUGAGUACAGCUUUAAAAUUUGUAUGUUCGUCAGACACAAUGAGAAAGAUUUUGACGGAAACUUCUAAAGAAUCUUUAAACAAAUCAACUAUAUCGAGAAUAAUUGAGUGCUGUACAAAGAAAUGCCGUUUGAGGGAUUUGCUUCCAUUUUGUCCACAAGGCAAUGGCUUUGCAUCAGUCUAAUUAAUUUCUUUAACUUUUUACUGAAUGUGUAUUAAGGUGUGUAAAAUAAAAAGCAAAAGUUGAC